ACCCACAGUGGGGCUCAAGACUGGAUUCUGGCGGGAUUCUGUAGGCAUUUUCCAGUUCUCCCUGCCAGAACAUGCUCUAGGUUCCGGCAGCACAGGCUGCAGCCCUGACUGAGGCAGACUCUGUGUCCUGGAGAGGAACCAGCACCAUGUGGGGACCCAGACCAGGUCACACAGGGUCAUGUGCAGGGAAAAGAGCCCUUCCUGGCUUUCCCAGGGAUGGAUCUAUCUGGGCUACCCUCCUCAGGCCUGAGCCUGACCCAGCAGCUUUGGGUUGACAUCUCAGCCUGGCUGUAGCCCACCCCAUCACCUGACCAUCAUCUGACACCACUAUCUGUAGGUACAACGCAGAGUGGGAUCCCUUGGGACAGGUGUGAGCUCUGGAGGACACUGAGACCCUAACAUACUGCUGCUGUUUGUGAGUUCUGACACAGUAAUAGAUUUUACUAAGGGGGAACAUGGUGGCUGUGUUAGCAGUGCUUUCCACAAAGCCUGAUUCUCAAAAGCCACAGCUACUUCUCCUUUUCCUUGUGGUUUUGUGGACAGUUUUGAGCCUUCAGUGCUCUUCUCUAUCUGAAGUAAAUCUGAUUGUAAAUUUCAGGUGAUUUGGGUUUUCCUCUCUUCAGACUGAAAGUUUGAGUCCAGGUAGUUCUUUGGCAACCAAAUGGACCUUCAUGAAACAGCCCAUCAAUCACAUUUGCAAUGAUAAUGAAUUCAAUGCAUAUGGCUGAGUGUGCUGGCUAUCAGAAUUUCUUCAGCAUUUUUCUAAUGGAUGCUAUACAUGAAGAAAAGAACAAAUCUCAAAACAAUGAUAAAUUUUUAAGGAGGGACAGGCCAAACACAGAUUUCCAGGCCUCAGGACAGGGGUAAAGAAAUAAUCUCAUCAGGGGUAUUAGAAAGUCUGUUGUACCACUUGUGAAUUUUUGAAGCUUGGUUGUUUAAUUCCAUUGGUUUUUCUUCUUUAACAUACCAAAGAGAGUAAGUGAGAGUGUUGGUGUCUAACACUCUCAUUUUAUCAGGACAAGACCCAGUGAGUGCUGGCUGUGGCCAUUCUCCUGCACAGGAACAAGAAAAACCUGGUUCCCAAAGGACAGGGAUCUCCCAAGGAAACAAGAAGGAUGUAACUCAAUACUGCUGAAAGCUUUCUGGAAGACUUCACCCAUUAACCUCAAACAGUAGCAUGUGACACAGCUGGACUUGAUGCAAUGAUGUUCCCAAAUGGACCUUAGCAGAUAUCUGGUUUACAGAAAGCCCUCAGUGUUGCUGGAUUUCUGGGAUAUUACAGAGAGAUAUACCAAGCAUUGUCCUGAGGAUGGUGGCUCCUGGGAAAGGAUCUGCCAGGGAACUCAGGGCCAAUGAGUUCCAGCUGAGUGGUGAAAAACACCCUGGGUGAGAGCACCCAUUCCUGGAACACUGAGGGUUGCACUGUAGGGCAAUUGUGCUUGUCUGUCUAGGAAAACACACACACAGAGACUCUGUAAAGCAGAGUGGAAAGAGGAGUGGCCCAGGAGAGCUGCAACAGCACAGGGAGUCAGGACUCAUGGAAGCUUGAAGUUGUGCAAGAGUUUGUGAGCUGAAAAGGGGCUCAGAAGAGAGCUUGCUGGUAACAUCUGCAGGAACAGGAGACUUGGGGGAGUGUGAGCGUGUCCCAAAUGAAGAGCACCUAGGAAAUUCUUUCCCAUAGCCAAAGACCCUACCUGACCUCAACUGUAACAGGAACAAGACACCUCCAUGCAUGUCCAAGGAGACCCUUUUAUCCCCACAUUGUCCACUCUGUCCUUGUCGAGUGCUUCCCAUCCUAAAAGGCACUGACAAAGAGUAGCUCAGAGCAGGAAAGGUUUAGAGAAGAAAGGAAAAGAGAACACUUCCAGGUUCGGGUGCUUGUCUGAUCUGGAAACUCUACUGAUGGCAUUCAACAGCAAGAAUGUUGCAGCUGCAUCAGUUCAAGGUAAUAGGAAGAGAGAUUUUUGGAAGUAUUUAAAAGAUAGGUAGAUAUGGUACUUUAGGAACAUGUUUUAGUGGUGGCUUAUUGUGCUGGCUUAGUGGUUAGACUUGAUCAUCAUGGAAGUGUUUUCUAACAUAAAUCAUUCCAGGAUUUGAAAGAGAAAGUGAUGAUGUGGCCUAGGGUGGCAUUGGGCACAUGAAUCAGGGGUGUGUUCCUCAACAUCCUCCAGUGGAUCUGGAAGGAGAGAGGAGAGAGACAGAUCUGAGAAGGUUUUGGAGGUGCUUGUUUUGGAGCAGGGCUAUGGGAGCCUGAGGUAGCCAGGAGAGAGGCUGGACUAAGACACCUGGAAGACUGCAUGGAGCCUGUACCCACUGUCUGUGGGAGGAUGUGUGAGACUCAACACUGAGGCUGGUGGGAUGCUCUCCUUCCAAAGAGGAAGCCUCUUGCACCACACGUGAUUCCCCUGUGGGGCUGUCUCACUUCUGUGUGAGCGCCCCUCCUGCACAGGGCUGCACAGACACCUUUCCUGAGCGGCCCUCGCCGAGUCCUGCCCGGGCACCUCAUGCCAGCAUGGCCCUGCCACAGCGGGCCCUGACAUUCUUCCUGGCCCUUGCUCCUCUGCUGCUGGCACGGGGACAGACGCAGCGCGGCCCUGUGACUCCGUGGGUACGUCAGGAAGCAGGAAAAUGUAAAAUUCCCUCUGACUGGGAUCCCAAACUGCGGUUUACUCCGAGGAAGAGCGACUAUGCCUUGGACGAAGUGGUGCAGCUCAGCUGUGUUGGGAGGUUUGCACCAUCUGUCCCACAGAUUGAAUGCAUUUCCAGAGGGGCCCAUAUCCUGUGUAAUGAGACUCCCACCUGCAAGGAGAAAUGCCAGAAGCCCCAGUGGGACUCCAGGUUUAUCUUUGACCAAGAACAGGAGAUCUUCGACCCAAAUGAAGUGGUGAAGAUACGGUGUCCUGAGGGGUACUGGCCUCCACCCAUGGAGAUCAAAUGUGUGACAUUGAAGCCAAGGGAAGGUUCCAUGAUUCCUCGUAGUGGCUGGGGCAUGAGGAGUGGCACAGAUGCCUGGCACCCUGUGGAAGGGAACUUGACCUGUGUGGAUGUCCGCCAGGUUGUCCCUAAGAUCCCGGAGAUUUCCAGCACCAGCAUCAAACUGAAAUGGACCUGCAGGUUCCCUCAUAUGUGCCAGAAUAUUCGGGCCAGAUGCCAGACGGAGUGGCAUUCCUCCUCAGACUGUGAGACUGAGGAGGUGAAGGUAGAGGAGAUGCUGCAAGGCUGGGAGGGAACUUUCAUCUGCUCCCCUCUGCAGCCCUUCACUGUCUACAGUGUCACCAUCUCCCGUCUGCCCAGCACAAUCCUGUAUGCAGACCUCCACACAACAAAGGAAAUGGUGCCAGACAAGCCAGAGAAGCUGUGGGUGGAUACCAGCACAGGGUCCCUCAGGUGGAAGCCGCUAUCCUCCUGCAAAGGGGAGAUCACUGGAUACCAGCUGAACAUCACCACCAUGAGAGCAGAGGACGGCAGCUUCAUUGACUUCAGCCAGGUGUUGGUGAACCAGUCUGUCUCUGAGUAUGUGCUACCUCAUCAGAAAGCUGGCAACAAAUACCUGGUGAUAGUGCAGGGCCUGACGGCUGCUGGGGCUGGGCCUGCAUCACAACUGGAAUUCCAGACCUACGUCCUGGAGAAAUGCCAGAAGCCCCAGUGGGACUCCAGGUUUAUCUUUGACCAAGAACAGGAGAUCUUCAACCCAAAUGAAGUGGUGAAGAUACGGUGUCCUGAGGGGUACUGGCCUCCACCCAUGGAGAUCAAAUGUGUGACAUUGAAGCCAAGGGAAGGUUCCAUGAUUACUCGUAGUGGUUGGAGCAUGAGGAGUGGCACAGAUGCCUGGCGCCCUGUGGAAGGGAACUUGACCUGUGUGGAUGUCCGCCAGGUUGUCCCUAAGAUCCCGGAGAUUUCCAGCACCAGCAUCAAACUGAAAUGGACCUGCAGGUUCCCUCAUAUGUGCCAGAAUAUUCGGGCCAGAUGCCAGACGGAGUGGCAUUCCUCCUCAGACUGUGAGACUGAGGAGGUGAAGGUAGAGGAGAUGCUGCAAGGCUGGGAGGGAACUUUCAUCUGCUCCCCUCUGCAGCCCUUCACUGUCUACAGUGUCACCAUCUCCCGUCUGCCCAGCACAAUCCUGUAUGCAGACCUCCACACAACAAAGGAAAUGGUGCCAGACAAGCCAGAGAAGCUGUGGGUGGAUACCAGCACAGGGUCCCUCAGGUGGAAGCCGCUAUCCUCCUGCAAAGGGGAGAUCACUGGAUACCAGCUGAACAUCACCACCAUGAGAGCAGAGGACGGCAGCUUCAUUGACUUCAGCCAGGUGUUGGUGAACCAGUCUGUCUCUGAGUAUGUGCCACCUCAUCAGACAGCUGGCAACAAAUACCUGGUGACAGUGCAGGGCCUGACGGCUGCUGGGGCUGGGCCUGCAUCACAACUGGAAUUCCAGACCUACGUCCUGGUUUCAGGGCAGCCUAUGGGCUCUUGGCCUGGGUCAGCAGUCACUGUGGUGGUGGUGGUGGUGCUGUUGAUCCCCUUGUCUGCUGGGAUCAUCUGGUUCCUGCUGUGCAGAAAAAAGAAGGCCUUGCCCAGCAAAGUCGAGGAGGAUCAGUACACAGAGCUCCAGCCCUAUGAGAAUGUACAGGGGGAUAAUUACUGCAUGAUCGAGACUUUUCCUGAGAAAGAUGCAGGUAAGUGUGGCCAGGCUGGAGAGCCAUUACCCCCGCCCCUGCCUGUUCGCGAGAGUCAGCAGUGAGGAAGAAGAGCAGCUGGAGUGGACAUCUGAGGCACUUCUCUUCUCAAGGCUUGGUCCUCCACCACUGGAAGCAUGACAAUGAAUUAUCUCAUGAGUUAUUGCUUCCCCCCAAAAUUUUCUUCUUCAUCAAGCUCCAGAAUCCUCUGCCACACCACAGGAGCAGCUUAAGGCAUGGGUUGACCUCCUCAUGACAGCAAGGAUGUGUCGCAGUAGUUCUACAGUGCUCUGGCAUAGCCAUCUCACCAGCAUCUUGGUGCCUGCAAAUAUUCCCUGAGAAUGGAGGAGCUCACAAUUCCUCUUUCCUACCUGUGUCCUUUUAUCCAUCUAGACCCUGUCCUCUGCUUGAGUUUGGCCUA